AUGAGGGACCAUGUGGGUGAGGCAAGGGUUCCCCUGUUGGGCUCUCCUGGGAACAAGCUGCGGAUUGCCCUGGGCCUCUCGCCGUCUCCGCCUAGAUCGCCCUCGCAACAGCAGCACAGCCACAGGGCUGUGUCAACCACGAUAUUCAGAACUUGUGCAGCCAUCGCUGGUCUGGUCAUCAUAAACGCCAUUCUUGCUGGUGUCAUCCUAUCAGCCGUCCACAGCUUCGGCGGGAGCAGCAACAAACCGGUGAAACUCGACGGGCUUCACAAUACUUCCCCUGGGUAUUCCAACUCUGCACGAACAGAGCCUUCUGCAAAUAGCGCCCUCACUCAGCCUGCUGCAGCGCUGUACUCACCUGAGUAUGAAGGAUAUAAUAGCACAGUUGGGAAAGGGAAGCCCCCGUGGUGGCCAAGGGCCUUUGGUGCGGACGAUACAAGCACCAAAAAGACAAGUACACAGCAGGCACGGACGGACAGGGAUGUUGCCGCUGCAAGCAGUGCACGGCAAGCAGACAAACUGGCGAAGGAGCAAGGGGCACAAGCAUCCGGCACAGGGAUCCAGCCACAGCAGGGCAGCCAGGAACUUGCACUCAACACCAGCUGGGUUGAAAAAGUGGACAACAGCAGCUGGGUCACACAGGUGGAAGAGUUCUUCAUGGAGGAUGACAGCACAGAGGAGGCAGCCACGCCCGCCGCACCUGCCCUCAGAGCCAACGCCACAGCGCCUGCAGCCUUGAUCGCACCAGCUCCAGCCCCCGCGCCAGGCAGGCAUCCAGAAACGGCAGACACCGCUACCUCAGCCGAUCUCAAGAGGCAGUCAGCAGAUCCCAGCAGGAUCAAUGCCAGCGCAGUGGCUGCCAGCCCAGCACCGGCUUCUGACAGCGAGGCAGCACCGCGCACGAAAGCGCUGGAUGCUGCAGAUGCCGGCGGCAAGGACGUUGUGUCCGAGGCGACGCUGGCGUGGGAGCGGCUGGCAGAGGCGCGCGUGGAGGAGGCACCAGAUGCAGUGCAGCAGGAGGCGGUGAUUGAGCAGGAGAAGGCUGCUAGUGACGGGUCCGAGGUGGAGGCCUUUGGCGAGGUGUACUCUGCGGGGGAUGUUGCUGGCACAAUGGUGGACGGCGCACAGAAUGCCACCGCCGCAGCCCCCGCCCCCGCCCCCAGCCCGCAGCAUGCUCCCGACCCCUGUGCAGCCGCGCUUGGCAUUCCCAAGGUGGCCAUCAUGUUCCUGAGCAGAGCAGAGUUGUUACACGAGUCGUCCUGGGCGCUGUGGUUCCAGCAUGCCGCCGGGCUGCUGCCUGCCUCCGCGCUGCGAGCGCCGGAAUUGGAAGGAUGUACGUCAAAACACGGGUACCAAAUUGCAGACGAGGAUGGCGGUGCUGGCUGCGAUGCGGGCCGGGUGCGGUUGGCGCAGCAGUGGUGCUCUCCAGAGGCGCAGGGCAACGGCGUGCUGCAGCGGCAGCACCUGUUCAGCGUUUACAUCCACCCGCUGCCCAACUACGGCACCUUCCCCGAGGAAUCCAUCUUCCGGGGACAGGAGAUCGAGGACCGUAUCCAGGCACUGCGGGACCCGCUGAACCAGAAAUUUGCGAUGCUGUCGGAGAGCGGCGUUCCCUUGUACCCGCCCACCGCCGUCUACGCGCAGCUCAUGGCCGAGGACAAAUCCCGCAUCGACUCCUGCGGCUCCGGGAGGACGGAUCCGUGGCGUUUCAGCGGGCGCAUGGGGUGGGCGCUGCGCAACCACUGGCGCAAGAGCAGCCAGUGGUUUGCGCUGAGCCGCAAGCAUGCGGAGAUCGUGCUGGACGACACCUACAUCCUCGACCUCUUCCAGCGCUACUGCCAGAACGCCUGGGACAAUGACCUCAACAGGUGGCGGGACUGCUUCAGUGACGAGCACUACAUGCCGAGCCUCAUAGCCUACAAGCAGCUGGGCCACGAGACCGAUUGCGUGGGGCGCCUUGUGGGCGUCGACUGGAGCCUGGGGGGCGCCCACCCGCGCUCCUACACCGCGCAGGAUAUCAACCCCGACAAGAUGGCGUCGCUCAGGCUGUGGGAUGACACAUGCGACGACCAGGAAGCCAUGAGGUUGAGUGCGGAUCAGUUCGUGCACGAGGCGAACCUGGGGCGCCUGGGCAGCAGUCGGGGGGUGUGCUCUCUACCAUCUUACAACGGCAGCGCGCUCAGCUACGACUGCCCGCUGUUCGCGCGCAAAUUUCCCCGGGAGACGGCCAGCGCCGUCUACAACCUCUUCCGCAGCUGCACCACCGGCCUGAACAUCACCAACAGCGGCCUGUGCGCGGAAGGGGCAGCUGACAUCCUGGAUCAGCGGGUCAGCAACGAGCACCUCUCUCGGCGUGAGCUGAGGGAGGGCGUCAGGAAAAUGCUGGGGAGGCGGGCGGAAUCUGUGUCGGCCAGCUGGGAAGAGCCGGGCUGGCUGUGA